UCGAGCCAGCGGAGGCCUUCGACCCGAGGAUCUCCCUCUUCGCGCGCAUCGAGAGGAAUCUUGGCGGCAAGAGCUUCACGAGGUCGAACGUGCUCUCCAAAGUUAAAGAAUUGAGGAAAAGGUAUGAGGACGGUGGGGCCCUUAAUGCGGAGGCGCUUGAUGUCAGCCAUAGGAUUUGGGGGAUCGAGAAGGAGGAGGAGGAAGAAGAGGAGAAGAACACCAAGAAGCGGAAAAGGAAGCUGAAGCGAAAGAAGAGGAAGAAGGUUUGUAUUUACAAAUUACUUAAUGUUGCGGACAAAGAGAUUGAGAAUGAAUUACAUCCUCAGAAACAUUUCCUAGCCAUAAUGUCCUCAUCAUGGGGUAAAAAAUACAGCCUUCAAUGCUGUCAAAGUGGGUCAUCUUCUCAAAAUGGUUCUUGUUCAAGCAGUUUGUCCAAUGACUUCUUUACUAGCAGAUCAGGUAAACUAACAGAAAAUGUUGACUCGAUAGCAUUAAAGCACUGCAGUAAUCUAGUAUUGACAGCACUCAAUGAUGUUAGUCAAAAACAUUGCAAUCAGCACGAGGAAGAACUGAUAGAUAAGCCCAACAAAUAUCAAGAACUUAUAAGCAUGUCGAACCUGAAUGUAGCACAACCACAUGUUCAUGACCCAGCCAUUAUUCUUUCCAAUGGGCCAGAAACACCAGCACGCACUGAUGAAGCUAAUGGACGAAAAUUUCGGAGUGAAUCUUCUUCCUUAGUUGCUGAGCCAAGGGUCAGUGAAUCUGUGGACAAAUAUGUUUCCAAUCCAGUGAGACAUGAAUAUCCUCGGAUCGAAAGAACAGCAGGACCCCACCAGAAGCUGGAGUACUGAAUCCAAAAGCUGGAGUACUGAAUCGUGUCAGGCACCUAUUUCUGGAUUUGAUGAUUUAUUUCUUUUUAUUUUCAACUAUGAGAUUGAUCCACUUUCUGCCAAUUUCUCAUGUGAGCAUGAUUUUUCUGGAUAUGUACACUAAAGACAACUAAUUUUCUUUCUCCUCGUGAUGGCCUAUGAUCGCCAGUUGAUGCUGCAGGCAAUGGAUAAACUUUGGUAGGCGGUUUCUUGAUCUUUUUUGGUUCAAGCAUCUUGGGACCAGAACUGAUGACCUUAGGCAAAUAAUAUAUGCAUUCAUGUCACCAGAAUUUUGUUGAGAUGUAUGGUGUCUGAAAGUUGCUUACAUUUGCAUGUUUAACGGCGCAUGCAAUUAUCUGCUCAGGAACCUGCAACUAUCAGCACAGGAAUAUAUUAUGCUUAAUGCCCGCGUGGAAAUUUUGGUAAGUGAGUGCUCGUGGAAAAAAGAGGCUUAGUUCCUUCCAAUUGUACAGGAAAUGUAAGAUUUUUAGUUCUGAGCAAAUUAAGCUAGCAUUUGGUGCAGCUGAGAGUUUUCAGGCUGGCAACAUCAUAUUUAACUGCUGCUGGUAGUAUCUGACUGUAAGGGAUUAAGUUGUAAAUUGAAUCAGGAAUACAAUUUUUAAACUUUUGCUUAUUUCUAGAGACAGAAGAGCUGCCUAUA